AUGGCCGCGGCCACGGCGUGCGGCUCGCCGCCCGGCCGGCCGCCCCGCGAGCAGCCGCCGCCGCCGCGGAAGCGCGGCGACUCCCGGCGGCGCCAGGCCGCCCUCUUCUUCCUCAACAACAUCUCCCUGGACGGGCGCCCGCCCUGCCUGGCCGCCGAGAAGCCGCCGCCGCCGCUGCCCCCCGCGGGCCCGGGCGACGGGGAGGAGGCGGCGGCGGAGCCGGCCGCAGCCCUCCCGCGCCUCCUGUCGCCGCCGCCGUCCUGCCAGCCGCCGCGGGCCCCCCACGCGCCGCCGCCGGCGCUGCUCCUGCCUGGCGCCCCCCUCGCCGCCGCCGCCGCGGGAACCAAGGGCGACGCGGAGCCGCCCCGCGGGGGCAUCUUCCUGCCGCAGCUGCUGCUGGGCGGCCAGCUCUGCCCGCCGCCGCCGCCCGCCCCGCCGGGGAUGCCGGCGGCCGCCAAGCCGGGCGCGCCGGGGCUGCUGAGCCCCGCGCCGAGCGCCGCGGGCGGCGGCUUGGCGCUGGAGGUGCAGCGGCAGAGAAGGCGUUUUAUCUCCCAGCGCUGCUCUCUAGACUUUUUAGAAGACAUAGUGGAAUAUGCCAGUGUACGAAGAACCAAGCACAUUUCUGGGUCUCCAAGACACAAAAGUUUGAAGAAGAUGCACUUCAUCAAGAACAUGAGGCAGUAUGACACGAAGAACAGCAGGAUAGUAUUAAUCUGUGCUAAACGAACACUGUGUGUGGCUUUUUCUAUCCUACCUUACGGGGAAAGUUUAAGGAUCAGUGAUCUGAAAAUGGAAGGACAGAAACAGCGACAUCCUUCUGGGGGGGUUUCAGUCUCCACUGAGAUGGUGCUUGGACUGGAAGGAGUAGAGCUGGGAGCUGAUGGCAAGGUUGUGUCCUAUGCAAAAUUCUUGUAUCCAACCAAUGCCCUAGUUGUCCGCAAAACUGACAGCCAUAGUGUUAUUCCUCCAUGUCGGGCUAGUGCUUCACGGAAUCUUCCUGGAUCAAGGUAUAAACCUGUGACAGCAAAAACAAUACCAGCAGGAACUGAGAUAGGAAAUGAAACAGGGGAAGCAGCAGAGUAUGAUCCAGAUCUUCUGGAUGAUCCUCAGUGGCCCUGUGGGAAACACAAGCGUGUUCUCAUCUUUGCCUCAUACAUGACAACAGUCAUAGAAUAUGUGAAACCCUCAGACCUUAAAAAAGAUAUGAAUGAAACCUUCAGAGAGAAGUUUCCUCACAUCAAGUUGACACUGAGCAAAAUUAGGAGCUUAAAAAGAGAGAUGCGGAGUCUGAGUGAAGAGUGCAAUUUGGAGCCAGUUACUGUGUCCAUGGCUUAUGUUUACUUUGAGAAGCUUGUUCUCCAAGGCAAACUCAACAAACAGAACCGCAAACUGUGUGCUGGUGCUUGUGUUCUGCUUGCAGCUAAGAUCAGCAGUGACCUCAGGAAACAUGAAGUCAAACACCUUAUAGAUAAACUAGAAGAGAGAUUCAGAUUCAACAGAAGAGAUCUCAUUGGUUUUGAAUUCACCGUGCUCGUAGCUUUGGAACUGGCUCUCUAUCUUCCUGAAAACCAAGUUUUACCUCAUUAUAGACGGCUCACACAACAAUCUUAACCAAAGCUACAUUCCAGUUGAUAGCCAGUGGCUCUGGGAUUAGCAUCACUGAACACUGCUGCUGAACUUUCCCCUGGCCUUUCUAUACCACAGUGUGCAUCCUGUCAUGGCUACAACUAGUUUUGAAGUCUGCAGCGUUUUUUAAACUGUCGAAGUGUGCAUUAUGGAUAUGUAUGCUGACUCUAAGAGAUGGUACAGAAAGAGUUGUUGAACUUUAUUUUAUUUCGGACAUUUAAAGCACAAAUAUUCAUCAGUUGGCUGUCAUGGCUGCUGCUUAUUCCUUAUUUAUCUCUUCAGUUUUACUAAAACUGUUCUUCCCUAUGGGGAAUUAUAUGAUGUUGUGGGUUUUUUGUUUUGUUUUGUUUGGGGUUUUUUGUUUGUUUCUUUAAGACCUUUAUUUGUUUCCUUGAAACUAAAGGAAGCCUCACUUCCAUUCCAGUCCAUCAUAAAGUUCAGAUCUUUCUAAGGAUCUUAUCACGCUUUGACAUUAAUGAAAUACAUACUUUAUUUUUUUAAAGAUGUGCCUAAAACUGGCUGGUCUGGAACCAGUAAUUUUUAAGUUAGUUAUGUUGUUUAGUGGGGAUUCCUGAAUUUGUAUAGCCAUUUAUUCUUUACCUGCAUUGGCCUUGCAUAUAGAGAAGACAAUUCCAGUAUAUCUUCACUAAUGAUACAUAGGGCAUCUAUACUAUAUUAUAGAUCUAUAAGUAGCAAGACUGAAAUUACUCUAUUUCAAAUUAGUUAACUAUUAAUACCUUAAGAAUAUACAUUUUAUCAUUUUAUUUUUAAAAAAAGUUUGAAAAUCUACCAUGAAAUAUCACGUGUUGAACUAGGUAGGUAUGGUAAAGUCAUUGCCAUUCUAAUUCACUCUUCAAUGAAAGAUGAGCACUUGACUAAGAGCAACUUGCUGUCAAAUAUAUCACUUAUGAUUUUGAUUUGCUUCAAUGUUCUGUAGUCUAUAAUAAGCACCUUUUUAAUAUUAUUCAUAUAUGAUUUGUGUGCUGUAAACACAAAUAUUUAAAUCAGUAGAGUUACCGCUGCCAAACGAAGCCUAUGAAACAAAGCAUGUUCUGUUAAAUUCUGGGUUUUUUUUUUAACUUUAUUUUUACUCCAUUCUUCCCAGCAUUGUAUUACUGUGAUGGUCUUCAUGAAACUGGCAUUUGUUGCACAUCUGAGCAACCACUUAACAGCUGAUGUCCAGCAGUGCUCUAAUGCUUAUACAGAGGUUAAAUAACUUUGACCAUUGACUAUUCCUUCAUCUAUUUUUAAAAUAUCCAGACUGGGGAUUAAUUUAGAUAUAAGUGGAACGUCUUGUGAUAUUGGCUCUUGGAUUUAUUUUCCUAAGCAAUAUUAUGAUACAAGUAACUGUCCAUUUGCAAGGAACAAAACUGAUGCUUGGCUAUUAUGGUAAGAAAUACGUAAUUUAAGUUUGACUCCUGAAUGAAAUACUAGACCUCGUACUGAGGUAAGGAUACCUGCUCUCAAAUAUGUAAAGUAAUGUAAAAUCCUGUUCCUUGUAUUCAGUGUAUGUUGUAGAUAAAAACAAAGCUGAAACUGAUCUUCAGCUGUGUUUUGCCUGAAGCUAAUUUAGCUUCAUUAGAAUUGCAGCAAACUUUAUUGGAGCCUCUUCCUCUGUAAGAAGGGCUCAAAACGUAUUUUUCAUAUAACUACAGAGAGUGUCAAACCUUUUGUAACUCUGUUCAGCUCUGUGUAUGUAACUUAAGGUAUUCGUGUAAAGUUUAAUAUACUUGUAACUUCUCUUUAACACAAAAGGACUUUCCAGUCUUCUAAAAUCAGAUGAUAGCUAGCCAGGUAGACAGUAAGCUUGCUAGUUAUCUUCCAAAAGGUUUAUGAGAUGGUUACUAGUUAAGCUUUCUACUGAAUGUAACUGUCAUUGCAUGCAAGAGAUACUCAGUAUUAAACAUCUAGCAUACAGGUAAGUCUUGAAAUUAGCAAACACUGGUGAACUCAACUAUAGUGGUCCACAACUUGCUAAACUAAUUGUGGAGGGGAGAGAGGGAAAAAUUGAGCAUACUAAUUGUGGAGGGGAGAGAGGGAAAAAUUGAGCAUAGAAAUUUCUCACAUAGUAUCUCCAGAAAUAGUAGAAUAUUUCAGUUAGUAUGAGUGUAGUCAGAGAACGUAAUUCUCCAGGAACUUUUAUUCCUGUUUAGUAUAUAAAGACUUUUCUCUAACAGUUAACUUUCUCACAGACUAGGAAAAAAAAACGAUUUCUUUUUGAACUCUUAGAGGUCUCUAUUCAGUGGAAGUUUGCCUGGUUACAGUGAGUAUUUGGGCUGGAGUUAACAGUUGCAGAAUGGAAGCUAUGGUUUCACAUCAAAAAAAUGGCAAGUUUUUCUUCUGAAAAGGGAAAAAAAAAACAGGGUAAAUAAUAUUACAUUACAAAAUGCUGAAUACUGAUUUAAAGAGAACUAAACAUUUGGUCCGGCACAUGCAGAGUUCUUGAGCUCAAAAGCUGUACAGAGUACAGGCCAAAAAUGACAACAGAGUGUUCACUGUGCUUACAUUUCUGGAUUAAAUAGAAGACAAUUCUCGAGUAACACUGUAGAACAUCAGUUUUGGACUGAUGCCAGCCAGACACUUAGUCUGCAACCUUUAAAUUGGUACCUCUUUUGUCAUCUGUGCAGAAAAAUCAUUCUGCAGAGAUGCAGUAACUUAGGUGUGUGUAUGUUUUUCCAUUUCUUGAGUGUAGCUUACAGCCCUGUUCAUUUAAGCCUGUGUGGUAAUAUGUAUCUCUUUACCUAAAAGCUGCCACCAUGUGGCAAAGUAGUAUUACUACAUUAUUGAUUAAUAACCUAAAAAGGGGACCCAAAAUAAGGUAGCUGCCAGCUUUACGUUUUCACAGUCGAACUCCUCUUGCUUUGAAGAGAAAUGUUGGUUUACAUUGAGGGGUGGUUUAACUCUGUGUACCGUGUAAAUAUGAUGCUGCUUUGACUCAGCACGGAGAACUCUCUUGAUAAGAGGCUGUACAUUUUUCUGUAAACAAUACUGUUGUGUCGUAGCCCAUUAAUUUAAAAGUGUAGCCUGUUACGUAUUUUUCACAUGAAUUAACUUGUGAGAUUUAAGAUGCUGUGAAAUAAAAACUGUUUUGAUACA